UCUUGCUGUGGUCUUGCUGUAACUCGCCACUUCCUAAUUAGUGGUUAAAGAGACACAUUUUACGUGUGUGUGUUUAUUUGAGUUUUACAUUGAGCGGAGGGAUUAAAAUUUAUUGAGCACCUAUUUGCUGAGCACUUUUUAAAUAUAUUAUUUCAUGUAAUUCUUACGUAGUCCUGUGAAGUAGUUAUUAACAGUCCCACUUUACAGAUUGGGAAACCAGGGUGCAGGAAGGUUACUAACUUGCUCAAGGUUGUGGGAUUAAUACUAGAGCUGGUAUUUGAGCCUUAGGUCUUUCUGCCCUGUUGCUGCCAUGAUACCCGAUGCAGCUCUAGUGAGUAACUGAACCUCCCCAGGGGUGUGGGCAGGAGUGAUGGUUAUCUUAAAAAUCUGUCUUUUCAGACUUCUCACUCACUCUGUGAAAUAUAGAGAUUUGCACAGCUGUGUGCAGAGGGAGUCGUUCUCCGAGUCCCCCAGCACUGGGCGGAUGUUUGGCUGAUCGUCAUACCAGCUCUAAUGAAUCACUGUGAAAGAGGCCGUGAACCAACGAAAGGAGAACAAGUAUCUGGACCCAGAGACUCCUGGCUCUCCUGCCUGCUAAUUGACGGACUCUGAACUCUGUUGUGUGCGUGCACCAGCUGCCUACAGGCCAACUACACGUGUGAAACAGAUGGGGCCUGCAUGGUGUCCAUUUUCAACCUGGAUGGGAUGGAGCACCAUGUGCGUACCUGCAUCCCCAAAGUGGAGCUGGUCCCCGCGGGGAAGCCCUUCUACUGCCUGAGCUCUGAGGACCUGCGCAACACCCACUGCUGCUACACGGACUUCUGCAACAGGAUCGACCUGCGGGUGCCCAGUGGUCACCUCAAGGAGCCUGAGCACCCUUCCAUGUGGGGCCCCGUGGAGCUGGUAGGCAUUAUUGCCGGCCCGGUGUUCCUCCUGUUUCUCAUCAUCAUCAUUGUUUUCCUUGUCAUUAACUAUCAUCAGCGCGUCUAUCACAACCGCCAGAGACUGGACAUGGAAGAUCCCUCAUGUGAGAUGUGUCUCUCCAAGGACAAGACGCUCCAGGAUCUCGUCUACGAUCUCUCCACAUCGGGGUCUGGCUCAGGGUUACCCCUUUUUGUGCAGCGCACAGUGGCCCGAACCAUCGUUUUACAGGAGAUUAUUGGCAAGGGCCGGUUUGGAGAAGUGUGGCGCGGCCGCUGGAGGGGUGGCGACGUGGCUGUGAAGAUCUUCUCUUCUCGUGAAGAGCGGUCCUGGUUCCGGGAAGCAGAGAUAUACCAGACAGUCAUGCUGCGCCAUGAGAACAUCCUUGGGUUUAUUGCUGCUGACAACAAAGAUAAUGGCACCUGGACACAGCUGUGGCUCGUCUCGGACUAUCAUGAGCAUGGCUCCCUGUUUGAUUAUCUUAACCGGUACACGGUGACGAUUGAGGGGAUGAUUAAGCUGGCCUUGUCUGCUGCUAGUGGGCUGGCACACCUGCACAUGGAGAUCGUGGGCACCCAAGGGAAGCCUGGAAUUGCUCAUCGAGACUUAAAGUCAAAGAACAUCCUGGUGAAGAAAAAUGGCAUGUGCGCCAUCGCAGACCUGGGCCUGGCUGUCCGUCAUGACGCAGUCACCGACACCAUUGACAUUGCUCCAAAUCAGAGGGUGGGAACCAAACGAUACAUGGCCCCUGAAGUACUUGAUGAAACCAUCAACAUGAAGCACUUUGACUCCUUUAAAUGUGCUGAUAUCUACGCCCUCGGGCUUGUCUAUUGGGAGAUCGCUCGAAGAUGCAAUUCUGGAGGAGUCCACGAAGAAUAUCAGCUGCCAUAUUACGACUUAGUGCCCUCUGACCCUUCCAUUGAGGAAAUGCGAAAGGUCGUAUGUGACCAGAAGCUACGUCCCAACAUCCCCAACUGGUGGCAGAGUUAUGAGGCGUUACGGGUGAUGGGGAAGAUGAUGCGAGAGUGUUGGUACGCCAACGGCGCGGCCCGCCUGACUGCUCUGCGCAUUAAGAAGACCCUCUCACAGCUCAGCGUGCAGGAAGAUGUGAAGAUCUAACCCUGCUCCCCUCGCCCUACACACAACCCUGGGCAGCGAGAACUACAUACAGCUGCCGUGUUGAGCGUACGAUGGAGGCCUACCUCUCAUUUCUGCCCAGCCCUCUGUGGCCAGCAGCCCUGGCCCUCAAGAGGGACAGAGCCCGGGAGACUCGCUCACUCCCAUGUUGGGUUUGAGACACAGACAUCUUUUAUAUUUACCUCCUGAUGGCAUGGAGACUCUGCGAGUAGAUGGUGUGGAGAACUCAAUGCCACAACUCGAACUGUUGUAGUGGGAAGUCCCCCAAAACCCGGUGCAUCUGGCGUGUAGCCAGGAGUGGUGACAGGGGUGGCCUGGGGGGCCCAGGAGAAGCCGAGUGUUGCCAGUGCUAAGCAGCACUGAGGGUUUUCCUCCGGGGACCAACCCCAGCAUGCUGCGGUGGCCCAGAGGAACCAGAAGUACAGCCUCUCGCACAGGCAGCCACGGGCCACGUGCUCCCCUCCUCCCUCACACGACAUCUAGAGGGACUGCCAGUGGAGAUGGAAUCUUCCGCCUGUCUGUCCAGCCGUGUGUGCAUGUGCCGAGGUGUGUCCUCUGUUGUGCCUGGUCCGUGCCACGCCCUUACGUGUGUGUGUGUGUGUGUGUGUGUGUGUGUGUGUGUGUGUGUAUGUGUAUGUGUAUGUAGGUGCGCACUUACCUGCUUGAGCUUUCUGUGCAUGUGCAGGUCGGGAGUGUGGUUGUCGAGCCGUCUCUGCGUGCUGGUGCCUCUGUUCAGUAGUGAGCAGUAUCUAGUUCCCCGGGGGCCCCUCCCCCGCCCCCCGAACCCCCAGACCACGGUGGUACUCCCUUCCCAGCAGGCUGCUCUGCCUGCCCCUGUGUCAACACAGCUCUCCUCCAUUUCAGACUGUGGAACCAAAGCUGGCCCAGUUGUCCGUGGCAGGCUUUUGG